GCCGAAAGCAUUGGGGGAGGUUCCGGGAGGAGCGGGAGCUUCCGGGAGCGGCGGGGUGAAACGGGCCGAGCCGGACCGGACCGGACCGGGUUGGGUGGGGUUGAAGGGGAAGAAUGAAGAAGGAGCAGGUGGUGCACUGCCAGUUCUCUGUGUGGUACCCGCUCUUUCGGGCUGUCACUAUCCGCAGUGUUAUCCUUCCCUUACCAGAGAAUGUGAAGGAAUAUUUGCUGGAUGAUGGAACUCUUGUAGUUUCUGGAAGAGAUGAUUCGCCAAGUCAUGCUCAGGAGAGGAGUGAUGAUGCAGAGGAAAUACAGUGGUCAGAUGAUGAGAAUACUGCAACUCUUAAGGCACCAGAAUUUCCUGAGUUUACAGCUAAAGUUCAAGAAGCAAUAAGUUCCUUGGGUGGUAGUGUUUUUCCUAAACUUAACUGGAGUGCUCCAAGGGAUGCCUAUUGGAUAGCAAUGAACAGCUCUCUGAAAUGUAAAGCUCUCAGUGACAUUUUCCUCCUCUUCAAGAGUUCAGACUUCAUUACUCGUGACCUCACUCAGCCAUUUAUUCACUGUACAGAUGAUUCCCCUGAUCCUUCCUUGGACUAUGAGCUUGUUCUUCGCAAGUGGUGUGAACUCAUCCCUGGUGCAGAAUUCAGAUGCUUUGUCAAGGAAAACAAGCUCAUAGGUAUAUCACAGAGGGACUACACUCAAUACUAUGAUCACAUCUCUAAGCAACAUGAGGAGAUCUGCAGAUCAAUACAGGAGUUUUUCAAGAAACACAUACAGUAUAAAUUCUUGGAUGAAGACUUUGUUUUUGAUGUGUACAGAGACAGCAGGGGUAAGAUAUGGUUAAUAGAUUUUAAUCCAUUUGGUGAAGUAACAGAUUCCCUGCUGUUUACGUGGGAAGAACUGACGUCUGGGAAAAACUUGAAAGGAGACCAGGGGGAAGGGGAAGCAACAGAACAGGACUAUCCAGUUUUCCGUUGUACGAACAGCAAAGUUACUGUCCAGCCCAGCCCAUACCUCAGUUACAGACUGCCAAAAGAUUUUGUGGACCUUUCUACAGGAGAGGAUGUUCACAAGUUAAUUGACUUUCUUAAACUGAAAAGAAAUCAGCAAGAUGAUGACUGAGGGUAUCAAGAAGCUUUACAUUGAAUUACAAGCAAGAAUUGUGACAAAAGCUACAUUUAAUGUAACUAUUAAGCUAUCGAUUUAAAGAAAACCCGCUUUUUAUAGUCAGUGGAAGAACUGAAGAGCUGUUCAUCCUGGAUGUCUGUUGGUUUAUAUAAACAUGUAGAAAAGCUUUUUCAGGGAAACAGGAAAGAUCAGGGUGAGUUUUUCACUGGAUUCCAGGUUAAAUGCAAUUAUACCGUGGUGUGAGCAAGCAAAAAUAUAAGUGUGACUGAAUUACUACUUUCUCAUCUCAUAAUGUGAAGAUUGAUGCCAUUAAAGUAUGCCAUCAGGCUCCUCAGUGAUAAAUAUGACAACAUUUAAUGCUUGUGCAGAUAAAACAUCAAGCAUUGUUUGAUGUCACAAGUCCAGUGGCAUCAUCCAGUGUCCGGUCACAAGGAAAGAAAGGAAUGUAUGGGCGUUUUUUUCUGCAGUGAUCUUUUAAAACUGUAAAUUGAUUUUGUUUGGGGAGCACUUCUCAUCCUUUAUGUAAAAAAAGAGAAAAAAAUAGUGGAGAAGGGAUUAUUUUGUGGAUUAUUAUUUAUUAUGAGGGCUUAUACUUAAUUUCAGAGACCAGCUGUAGCAGACUACUUCAGGUUCGAAAAUUUUGGUUUGGGGGAAUUUGCAAUUUAAAAUGCAUUUCAAGGAAAGUAACAUUUUGGAGAGUAGCUGAAUCUAUGACAUUUGUUAAACUCCACCAGGUUUAAUUUAGUUUUUUUAGGAAAACUUUAUUGAAACUUAUUUUUUAACAUGACUAUAUACUGGGCUAGACUCAUCUAUGGCUUUAAUUAUAACAUCAACCUGUAACUUUAUAUGUGAACUCAGUCUUGUUUCUUUUGUAUCACAUCUCUGAGUUUAAGAUAAUGAGUUCUCUUUCAGUUCUUAUAAUUCUGUAUUUGGUGGUACUUCACAUUUUUUGUAUAAAAGGAAGCUUGGCUAAUUUGGGGAAACAGAAGCUCUUUUUACUGAUUGCUGUUAUUUGGGAGGUGGGGGGAGAGUUUCAGACAAAGAACCAACUGGCUUGGAUGUAGGUGUUUGCAUGGCAAACAGGAGUUUGUGUUGAAAUGAAAUGACAUUUGGAGGUGCCUAUAGCCCCUGGAAACUGGUUUAUAUUUCAGACCAGUUAUGUGAUACUUUGUGUGUGUGUAUAUAAAGCUGUUCAUGUUUCUUUGCCUUGCUUUUCCUUUCAAAUUGAUACGGUAUUUGGUUACAAUCUGUUCUUAGAUGUUAAAUCUGAUCUUAGAUGAUAAAUUAUUACUUACUGUCUUUAUUUAGCUUCAGGUUUGAAUGAAUACUUAUUCUAGAUAAAGAUCAUGCAGAUUAAGAAUCCAGUUUUACCAAAUACAUUGAUGAAACAUCACAGAUUAAAGUUCCUGGAGUCUGAGAGUACAAGAUCUGUCCUCCCUUGAACUGAUGGAAAUCUCUUUCUCAAUAGCUUUUUGUACACAAAUUAGAUGAUCUGUAACUCAGGGCUGGGCUAUAGCUAAUCCUGCCACACUGCAGGAUGUUGGAUGAGUUUUUCCUCACCCUUAUCAGUGGGAUUGAGUAUAAAUGUCUAAAUCAGGUAGGAACUUCAAAAUGUAAAAAAAUUUAAAAAGCUUUCCUCUUAUUUCAAAGUUUCUAGCUGUAAUUUAAAGUGUUGUGAUGAUCUAACACCACUUCCUUUAUACAGAUAAUGCCCUGGAAUUUCCAGCAGAUUGAUAAAUGCUUCUGAACUACAGAUUAUUGUCAUCCAGAAAUACUGAGUCUUGGUUUAAAGCCAUAAGAUAGAUGUAGGAAGCUCUUCUGUGGGUUUUACUAAUUGAUUUACCAUCAUCAAAGCUUCUGUGCUGGAUAUUUGCCACACCAUAUACAGUGUUGGGACCAGUGUUCAUACAUGAAAGAUGUUUCAGAUCAGUUUUAAACUGGAUAGUAUGUGACAUUUUUAAUUCUGGCCAUCAUGCUAAAAUUUGAAAAAUCCAAAAUUCUAAUUGUUUAAGUCCCUUUUCUGUGGUUCUGUGAUAGGAUCACUGUUUGCUGAGUAAGGGCUACUAUAUAUUCCUAGUUAUAUGCUUAAAACAUUAUUUAAAGAUACUUGUAAUCUUACCUAGGUGGUACAUGUGAAGUUCUAGAGUGAGGCAGCAUACAGUCAUUUCACACAGAUCCUAUACAGGUUGUGUUCAGGUGGCAAGUCUAUUACUUCAAGAAAUAGUAUUGAACUAAAAUAUGUAUCUUUGGCUAAGAAAAGGUGGGCUUUAAAGUGUAAUAUAGAAACAGAUCAUGGUGCUUUUGAUUCAUGGUGGAUACUUGCUAACACUUGUAUUUAGAGGCUUUAAUAUGCCAACAAAAGUUUGCAGGAUGUUGAAUUAACUCUGUCUCUAUUUCUGUUUGAAUUUGAUGACCUCUGUAAAGAAAAAGUCUCCAACUUAUGGUCAUCCUGAGAUUAUAUAGGAUUAAAAUAAGAGCUGAUGC